GCGCAGCGGGCGGAUGGAGCGGCCGCCGCUCUAUGGGGUGGGUGGAGGCGGUGCGGGCUGAGUAGCUCGCGGCCCGUUAGGAGCCGCCUCAGCCCCUGCCGGCGAGGAAGCGCGAGCGGCAGCGGCUCACCCUCCGCGCGGCCCGGACCCAGGAGUAGAAGCAUAAAGAAGUUUACUUUAUGAAGGCUAAUGAGUGACUCGAGAGAAAGUUCGAAGCGGUGUAACUGCUGGACUGGUUUUACAGAGCUUUUGAAAUGAGAGAGCUACAUCUCUCAUUCCUGUUGGUCAAGUGACGCUAAUGGUGGAAUAAACUAACUUCAGUACAACUGAUCAAUCCAAAUCGCAAGUACAAUAUAAAACAAGUGUGAUGUUGAAAUGAGAUGAGGCUCCGAAAUGGAACUGUGGCCACCGUGUUAUUUUUCAUCACUUCUUUUCUCAGUUUGUCCUGGUACACUGCAUGGCAAAAUGGUAAAGAAAAGUUGAUUGCUUAUCAGCGGGAAUUUCAUGCUUUGAAGGAACGUCUUCGUAUUGCUGAGCGUAGAACCCUGCAGCGUUCCUCUGAGCUAAAUGCCAUCUUGGAGCAAUUCAGACGUGCAGUAGCAGAAACAAAUGGAAGUAAGGAUGCAUUAAACAAUUUUUCAGAUGAAACGCUGAAAUUGUUAAAAGAGCUAACAAGCAGAAAAUCUCUUCAAGUGCCAAAUAUCUAUUACCAUUUGCCUCAUUUGAUAAAGAAUGAAGGAAGCCUUCAACCUUCUGUGCAGAUUGGCCUGGGACGAACAGGCGUUUCAAUUGUAAUGGGAAUUCCCACCGUGAAGAGAAAAGUAAAGUCUUAUCUUACAGAAACCCUUCACUCUCUUAUUGAUAAAUUGUCUCCAGAAGAGAAACUGGAUUGUGUUAUGGUUGUCUUCAUAGGAGAGACAGAUCUUGACUAUGUACACAGCGUUGUAGCAAGCCUGGAGAAAGAAUUUUCUACAGAAAUCAGUUCUGGCUUGGUGGAAAUAAUAUCCCCACCUGCGACUUACUAUCCUGACUUGACAAAUUUAAAAGAGACAUUUGGAGACUCAAAAGAAAGAGUCAGAUGGCGAACAAAGCAAAACUUGGACUAUUGUUUUCUUAUGAUGUAUGCCCAGAAAAAGGGCAUUUAUUAUAUUCAGCUUGAAGAUGACAUUGUUGUCAAGCAGAAUUAUUUCAGCACGAUAAAAAAUUUUGCACUUCAACUUUCUUCUGAAGAUUGGAUGAUACUAGAAUUUUCUCAGCUGGGUUUCAUUGGUAAAAUGUUCCAAUCUCCAGAUAUCACUCUUAUUGUAGAGUUCAUAUUUAUGUUUUAUAAGGAGAAACCUAUUGAUUGGCUCUUAGAUCAUAUACUCUGGGUGAAAGUCUGCAACCCUGAAAAAGAUGCAAAACAUUGUGACAGACAGAAAUCUAAUCUACGAAUACGCUUCAGGCCUUCCCUUUUCCAACAUGUUGGACUGCACUCCUCCCUAGCAGGAAAGAUCCAGAAACUCACGGAUAAAGACUUCCUGAAACCAUUAUUACAUAAAAUUCAUGUGAAUCCACCCGCGGAAGUUUCUACAUCUUUAAAAGUCUACCAAGGACAUACACUGGAAAAAACCUAUAUGGGAGAGGAUUUUUUCUGGGCUGUUACACCAAUUGCGGGGGAUUAUAUCCUAUUUAAAUUUGACAAACCAGUCAACGUAGAAAGAUACUUGUUUCACAGUGGCAAUCCAGAGCAUCCAGGAGAUAUUCUACUAAAUACUACAGUAGAGGUUCUGCCUUUUAAGAAUGAAGACUUGAUAUUAAGCAAAGAAACCAAAGACAAACGCUUGGAGGACGGUUAUUUCAGAAUAGGUAAAUUUGAAAGUGGUAUAGCAGAAGGGACAGUUGACCCAAGUCUAAACCCUAUUUCAUCAUUUCGGCUUUCGGUAAUACAAAACUCAGCAGUCUGGGCAAUUCUGAAUGAGAUUCACAUUAAAAAAGUCACAACCUGAUCAAAAUCUGUUUGGAAGAAAAGAGAGAAUCUUUGCAAACUGUUCCUAUAAUAUCCUACAUCUUUAACAAGUCACAAAUUGAAAAUACUGAGCAUGCACCUUAUUUCAAUUGUCUUUUAUUUUUCACUCGAACUCUACCUCUUGUGAAAUCUACUGUAGAUGAGAAGAUUGUAAGUAACCCUUCUUGUCAUAUCCAUCCAGAAACUGAUUCUCCACACUGAUAACAUUCAUCUGAAAUCCAAGUUGUCCUCCAUUUUUACAUGACUUUACCAUCUUAUGGUUGCAGAAACCUGCUACUCUUAACCCAUACUAUUUUGAUAGUAUAGUAAUACGGAGAAGUUGUACAUAUUCUUACAUUUCUUGGAGAUGAAAAAAUAUAAUUAAAUUUUAUGAAGGGGGUACUUUUGGGGUUCCAUUUAUUUUCCUAUAACAAAACCCUCUUUUAUAGAUUAUCAGGAUAUAUUUAUAUCUAUAUCUAGAUAUAGAUAUAUAGAUAUAUAAAAACAUUAGGGAUAUUUAAUUUAUUAAAAUAAUUUGAAAAGUACAUAUUUUUAUGCAGUAAAAUUUUAAAUUGAUAUAGGUUUUUUUUAUGGAUUAUCUAACUUAAAUUAUCUUUCUACAUUUUUCUUUGCAACUGCAAACAACAUAAAAAAUUAAUACCAUAUUUCAACUAUACUGCCAUGGUUAAGAAAACUAAAUUGAGUUGCUAAAUUUUAAAGUACUUUUGUACCACAAAAUCUGAAAGCUAUUGUUCAAAGCAUAAGCAUGCCUUAAUUGCCGGAGUUCUGAAGAACAUUAUUCUUGGGGGCUACCAUAUUCCACUGAUUACAAGGCAUAGCCACAUAAAAAGCAUGUUGAAGUAUCUUAAUAUUUCAGUAUAACGUAAAUGCUAAAUCUGCAGUGAUUUUAAGUUUAAUCCAUCACAUUUUAGAGGGAGAUUUCGAUACCGAGCUAUCCCUUUUUAAAACUUUGUAGACAGUUCCUAAACCGAAUGAAUUCAUUCACUGUAUAGAAAAGCAUUCCCUACUUUGUGCUGUAAAUUUUGAAUUUUGUCUCAUGUCCCCAGACAUACAAAUUCUGUUCAGUACUUUGAAUGACUACAAUCCUACAUGAUAUUUUUAUCAGCAAAAAAUAUAAAAAAAUAAUAGUAAUUAUUUGUAAUUAACCUCAUUAUAGGUCUUUCUUAAAAUGUUUUUAUUUCAAUGUUUACCUUAGGUAAACAUUGUGGUGGGUGAUUUUUUAUUUAUUUUUUUGAAGGGUGAGUCCUAUCCAACUUCCAUGGGAAUCAAUGGAAAGACUUCCAUUGACUUGAAUAGAAUCAAGCCCAAAGUCAGUUUCCUGCCUUUUGUGCUUCAAGGAAAAGAACAAUACUUGUGUAACUGAUGAGCAGCCCAGACAGACCCUGUGGGCUCUUUGUGCUGCUACAGCACUGUUCAUAAUAUGUAAUGCCAUUUAACAGUUCAUUAAAAUCUAGUAGUUUUUUCAUCACAUCUCAGCAUAGGUCUGAGAAAUUAUUUGGGUUUAUUUUUCCCCCCAAUUUUACUUGCGACUGAUGCCAAUAAUUUAAAUUAUAGCUAUUUAUUAAAUUUUAUAUCAUGACUUACUUUUUAAGUCAGAUAUAUGUUUCUGAACAAAACAAGCAAUGCCAACAAUGUUGUCUUAUCGUUCCAUGAAGUUAAAAUGAUUUAUAAUAAAUUUACCAGUACCAUUGUUAGGUGCCUUUCCUCUGAGCAGUGUCUUCUUAUGGGUUUAUUCUGUCAGCACAGUGUUCCUAAAGUAACAUUCAACAUAUAAGAAACUCCAAACAUCUCUAAAUGUGUAGAAACUCACCCCAAACUGAUCACACUUUUGUGUUGUUUCUUUGUGAGCUCUACCUUAUAUUUUUUCGAAUAACUUUUUUCUAGCAGUCAAAAUAUUGAACUGAAACUCGUCAAUUAUCAUCCAUUACCUCCUUUUUGAUAAACUGAUUUUUUUUUAAAAGGAUUAAUUUAUAUUCUAUUUUGUUGGAUCUUACUAGCAGGAGCCAGAAAUACUCUGGGAUGCUAUGAUAGAUUGCACUCUUACUAAAUGAAUGUGCCACAACAGUAGAAGUGAAUUUAUUAUAAAUCAUUUAGGGAGCAGAUAGGUUUUGUAGAUUCAGAAUCAAAUUCAGACCUGAUGUAAUCAGGUACAACUCCGUUGAUUUCCUGAGAGUUUGUUCCUUAAAUUAGAAGAAGGUAGGGGUGGAGAAAAUGUAGUGUUUUUUUGUUGUUGUUAUUGUUUAAAGAAAAUUAUCUCUACAUACCAUUGUUUUAGACUCUAAAUUCUCAAAAAUUCUAAUUCACAAAUCACUCCAAAGUGGUCUGCUCUCCUUUUUGGAGAUCCACCUAUUUAUGGCAGAAUAAGAGCAUUUCAAAUAUUGCUGGACAUUAGCCAAUUUGUGUAUUGCAUUCCUCCAUGCUUUAUGAUUAAUAGACACUCCAAAUAUACUUUAUGUGCAUUAUGUCAGCCAGAAACGAUAGUAUUUAACACACGAGCUCAUCUCAAUGUCUUGGAUUUACUAUAGAUUUUUAAAUCCUCAGGAUUUUUUUGUACGUUUUUCAUUUUCAGUGAACUUUAGGUCAGCCUUAAACACUCCUAUAUAGGAGAAUAAAACCUGUAGUAGCUUUACAAUAGUAACUAUUUCAGACUGAGUUGUAUUCGUUCCUUCUGAAGAUGUUAUAGCUUAAGGAAACGUAGGUCUUUUUUGGAGCAGCUGGCAUUUCCAGAUACCUUAAUUUUCUGAUCAAAUUGAGUUUAAAUCCCCAGAUUUGAUGCCAAUUAAAGCUUUUUCUUAAAAUACUACUGUUGUUUUUU